UUCAGGAUCCUGCAGGCUGGAAGUGGAUCGAGGUCUCUCCGUUUGGUUUCCAGUCGCGUCCUGUGCGCUGUAGGACGCACCGCGAUCAGCUGAGCAGCGUUUCCCUCUGAGAGGAGGACUCGCUGAGCUGGAUCAGUCUCUUUCUGUGUUUGGACAAUUCAGCUCAGUUCACCGCCGGAUCCGUUUUUACAUGUUUUUUCAAAGUGUCCUGCAUUGUUGGCUGAGAUGUUGGAGAUGCUCGAUGCGCAAGGAUGAACACAGACUGCACCAAACCUUCUGUUGCUCCAAAGCCAAGAUUUGUUUGUCACGCCAGCCUGAAGCAGCCCCCUCCUCUAAUGUCUGCAGCCAGGGGUCCUAAACCUUCUAUAGCCCCAAAACCUAAAGUCAUACUGGAGCUUAAUGGCAACCAGGGAAGCUGCAGUAAUGGCAGCUCACCGACUUCAGAUAACGAGGUCGAUGAAGAGCAGGAGACAGAGAACGGUCCAAACAAAGUGAUUAUAGACGCAUUUAACGCCUACAUCCUCAAAUCAUCACAAACCGAUUUACAGACUGCGUCACAGGGGUCGGAGGACGGAGAGGGGACAGAGGAGGAGAAAGAAGAAGAAGUGAUGCAGAAGAUGGAUGGAGACUGGAUAUUAACUGAUAGUGCUCGAACUGAGGACUCUCUGGAAAUACUUUGGGUGAGCGAUAUGAGGCUCACAGGUGACUCUGAGGAGGCGGUGGAGAUGAUCGACACCGACAUGACGGAGCACAUGGAUGCUGAAGGUUGUGAUGCCGGCGAGGCGCUGGCUGACACAGAUGGCCUCUCAGUGGGAGACUUCUCUGUUAACAGCAUUGAUGAGAAGGCAGGCUGCUGUUCUCCUGAAAAACAAGACACGGAGGAGAAGCAGGAAAACAACCCAACCAGUGAGGACGGAAGUACAGCAGAUGAUUUAACCGAGUCUCUCACAGAUGAGUCGGGUCUCCUCGUCAAAGAAAACACUGACACCCAACAUGUUUUUCUAACAGAAGAGGAAGAAAAAGAAACAGCCUCUGACUGUGGUUUCACUUGUAACAUCCUGAAGUUGAGGUGUGGCCAUAAGACGAAGGAAAGGGAUGAAAACCUGCAGAACAUUUGUUUUAAUAACGUUGUUCCUGAAGACCAAAAAAAGGUCUGUGAUGCCAUUAAGAAACAUGCUGAUUUAGUACGUGAUCCAGCUCAUGAGCCUUUUUACAUCUCUUCAGAGGACAUUAUUAACAGAGAGUUGAUGCCAAGGAGUGACAAAGCUUAUGGACUACUGGAGAGUGGACUCAAACAGACUUCUUCUAUAAACUGCAGUGGAGGAUCAUCUUGGAACUAUAAGGAAACAGCAGAAAAUGCACAAUGUGUGGCCUCUGUGGAUUUUGAAGGUACUGGUGAUGGUGAUGAGAACAAGGUAAGGACAUGUCAGAAAAGGAUGUCUGUGAAAACUGAAGAACUCAACAGUCACGCGGUGGAGGAUGUGUUGGAUCACUUGGACUGCCAGCCGAGGUUCAGGCUGGUCUCUAUCUCAGUGCCAAAGGACACCGACACUUCGCUGACCUCUUCUGUGUCAGAAAGCCAGCUGCUGUCCCCAAAUGACUCUGACGUCUUCAGAGACGAGGACGACCUGGAGGGUCACAUUGUGCCAUUUCUGGAUGACACCACUGAUACAGAGCAGGACAUCAGCGAUGAGCAUGUUUAUGAGGAGCCAGGUCACAGUUUGGAGGCUGAUGGUGUCUUUCCUUUCAACAGGAGAGCCACGGGGAUUCGAUCCGGCUCUGUGUCACAACGGAAUACGAAUCAUGUGGAGGAUUUGGGAGUGCAGUUCAUUCAGAAGCCCUACAUGAGUGGAUUUGGACAAUCUGCACUGUGCAGCAGCCCCAUGUUAAACUCAACACGGCACAAGAGCUACUCCAAACCUCACUAUUUGUCCCUGUAUCCUCGAUCCCUCUCCAUGGAGGGACACGACAUGCCUCUGGGUGUCUACAGGGAAGGAUCACCAAGACAGAGAGGUGCCUUCUGUUCGUCCGAAAGCUUCUCCAGGUGCUCGCCUCUGUCGUCCAGUGCUGUAUCCACCCCUACAUCUGUAGUGGAUAUCCCUCCUCCAUUUGAGCUUGCCUACAUCACCCAGCGGCCCAUUACAAAGAGUUCACCCUCACUUCUCAUUGAGGGAGACUCGUCAGAGAAAAACAGGAAAAAGAAAUCCUCCAUCAAGCGCUUCCUGAUGCUUAAAUUUAAGUGGAAAACAGAAAACAAGCAGGUGGUAGAUGUCAACCCAUCCUCCUCUAAAUCGCCAGAAGAAUCCAGCCACCACACACCCAGCAGACUGCUGGACUUAGAUCGACACAGCAUCAGUAGUUUACCACAGCUCAGCUCACUCUCAGCCAGCAAACCUCAAGGUUCACCUGAUCCGGCCUCCCCCUUCUUGUUGUAUAAGGAGAGCAAAAGGAAAGGGAACGCCGUGGCCUUCCUCAAUCGCAGCGUCGUCCGGGUGGAGUCAUUCGAGGAUCGCUCUCGUGUGCCUUUCACACCUCUUCCCCUGACCAAGCCUCGCUCCAUCUCCUUCCCCAACACAGAUACCUCCGACUAUGAGAAUGUUCCUCCCAUCAGCUCCGACUACGAGAACCUUCAGGUGCCACAGCGGAGGCCUGUUCGGCAGGCACCGUUCACAGGCUUCUUUGACCGUCCCAGCCGAGUGCUGUCCUCUGCCAAUGAGACGGACGGUUAUGUGGACAUGAGCAGCCUUCCUGGAUUUGAAAAGAAAACUCAGUCACCUGAACAGGAAACAGAAAGUGCCUACACAGAAGCCUACAACGUGUGUUUGAUGGCUGUUGGUCCACGAACAGGUUCAGUGGGUGAUGGUGGGAGAGAGAUGGUGGGUGAGGAAGACCUAGGACGCACCUCUGAGGAGGAAGAUGGAGGGACGGACAACAGUUAUGACAGACAGCCUGACGGUCGAUCCAGAGCUUUUUACAUCGUGAAAGAACUGGUAGACACGGAGAGACUACAUGUAAAGGCCCUGAAGCUGCUCCAGGAAGACUUUCGGGAAGCAGUGGGGUCGACGGUUGGGGAUGAAGGGGAGCCUGUGUUGGAUGAUGAGAGACUUCGAGAGAUUCUCAAUGAGCUGCCAGAUGUUUACAGCCUGCAUCGCACGAUACUGGCUGAGCUGGAGAAUCGAAUCCGAUACUGGGGGGAGAGACAGAGGAUUGCAGAUAUAUUCCUGUCAAGGAAGGCAGAGUUCCUGGUUUUUACCACUUACAUCGGACACUAUGAUCGAAGCAUGAGUUUACUGGAGGACAGCUGCCGAACUUCGUCUGCCUUUGCAGCCAUCGUUCAACAGUUUGAGGAGCAGAGUCUGGCAGGGGAAAAGGUUUCUGUUAAACACCAGCUCCUGCAGGUCAUCGUGCGUGUUGCUCAGUAUCGCAUGCUCCUCACCGAUUAUCUGAACAACCUCUCCCCUGAUUCCCAGGAAUAUGAAGACACCCAAGCUGCUGUAGCGAUCGUAUCCGACAUCGCAGACCAAGUAAAUGACAGCUUAAAGCAUGGGGAGAACUUGUUGCGUCUGGUCAACAUAGAGUACAGUGUUCGUGGCCAGCGGGACCUGCUUCAGCCUGGCAGGGUUUUUGUGAAGGAGGGCACCCUGAUGAAGGUCAGCAGAAAGAGUCGACAGCCCCGCCAUCUGUUUUUGAUGAAUGAUGUGCUGCUGUACACCUACCCUCAGCAGGAUGGGAAGUACAGACUGAAGAACACUUUGUCACUCACUGGGAUGAAGGUCACUAAACCCGUUAUGGAAAAUGCCCAAAACGUACUGAAGAUAGAGGGAACAGACAUCUCCAUCACUUUGUCUGCAAGUUCCUUCCUUGAAAGAGAAGACUGGUUUUACACUCUUAAUCGUGCUGUGACUGAACAUACAAGAGGCUCUUCAGCGUUCAGCUGCUCAGGAGAGGCCAGAGAUGGUCUCCGGCUGUCUCUUGGAGAAAAAGCUCCCACUCUUGUUCCCGUCUCACAAGUGAUGAUGUGCAUGAACUGCACCUCAGAUUUCAGCCUCACUCUUCGCAGACACCACUGUCAUGGCUGCGGAAGAAUUGUUUGUCGGAGCUGCUCCAGGAACAGAUAUCCACUGAAAUACAUGAAAGACCGCAUGGCUAAAGUGUGUGAUCACUGUUACAGCGAGUUAAAGAAGAGAGGAGGAGAUGUGUCUGCACUGUCAGCCAAGGGUAGCCCUCGGGUGAGCCGCUCCAGUCGUCCUCUCUCUACUGUGUUCCAAAACAUUCAUCCUCCAAAUAUUUGGAGACAUCGGAAAGGCGCCCUCUCCUUCAACCAGGUGACGGUGUCAGAGGAAGGCUCCAUUAGUGGCAGUCUACAGCGGAGCAAGAAGAGCAAAAGGAACUGGAAGAAACUGUGGUUCCUUCUAAAAGACAAGGUGCUUUACACCUACCGAGCCGAAGAGGAGAAGGUAGCAUCAGAGAGUUUACCUCUGUUGGGUUUCACAGUGAAGCUUCCAGACAGGCCAGAGAGAGACGAGGAGGCCAGUGUCUUCCAGCUUUACCACAAAAACACUUUGUAUUACACUUUUAAAGCUGAGGAUAACUACACAGCCCAGAGGUGGGUAGACGCCAUGGAGGAAGCCACAGUUUUAUAGAACCAGCCACACUGGAGGGUUUCUAAAACAGAAGUCUGCUGCCUUUCUCCUGCUACAAACUUGCGUCCUUAAAAAUGACUGAUUGUGAAACCAAAAAGGAACGAUAGGGAACAGACACCACCUUAUCAUGUCUGCAAGUGUGGAACUGGCCUUGCUAGACAGGAGAAAAGAAGACGCUGUGUUCUUUGAGAGGGGACACAUUCACCUACUUCUUCAACCUCCAGUGUCCCCUGCCUGCUGCUGAAGCAGGUGUGAUGCUGAGAGCCACGAGAGGCGUUGGCCCAGAUACCUGCCAGAGUGGAACAGUACAUUGAUGCCACCUGUAAUUUCCCCCAGCAGUUGAUCAGCAUCACUCCUCCGAACCACAUGAAACAUUGUGGAUUAUUUUUACACUCUGGAAAAGAAAAAUAUUCUAUAAUUGAACCUUUAUUUUGGAGAGGUCAAAUAUUUUAAGACAGCAUAAAUAACUCAUUUAAAAAUAACUGAACAAAGCUACGCUUGCACACACAUUUACUGUAAUUUACAUGGAAGCUGAAAAAAUAGUAACACAUUUCAGCCUCACUGAGAGAUGCCUAAAUGUGGAAUGGCCUCAUCUUUAGUUAAAAAUGAAUUAGUUACGCCUUCAUUCAUCAUGUGUUCUUGCACUGGAUUUGAAGCAUCCUUAUGACUAAUACUUUAAAGCGCAGGCUGUAUCGAAGAAUGAGUAAUUUUAUACAUGUAAUAGUGCCAUGUAUUGUAUUGUUGGAAAUGAUAUUGCCAGUGAAUCAGUAGUUAUUGUGCUUUUUGAACUGAACAUGAAUAUGAAUAUGAGUGUACCUCCAGCAAAGAUUUCCAAAAUGUGGACAGGAACAUGCUUAGUAUUUUAAAUUCCUAUAAUAAAUAUACUGUAAUUUAGAAUUUGUAUAAAGACUCCUUAUCCACUGUGCAAAGAUAUGUUGACAUAGAAUGAGACAUGAAUCAUUGAUUGCACUGAUCUACUUAAUCAGUGUCUUGGAGUUUGUACUGUACUUAAUGAUUUAUGUAGUUUAUUUACAACACUGGAACUUUAAAAGAAGUAAAGGAGGUUAUAAUGAUGGGAACACUGUCUGUGUUUUCCCUUUUUUUCUCCUCAUGUCCUCUAGAUGGCAGGUGGACUAAACAUUAAAUGCUUCCUUGUAGAUUGAUCUCAGCACAUACAUUAAAAAUGGAAGACCAGUAUUUUGCUGUACUCUUUGCAAUCCACUUGUAGCAUCUAUAUGAAAAUAGUGUGUGUGGGCUGACAUGUGGAUCAUGUGUGGCCUGAUCUGAUGAAACUGACAAAUGACGAAUGUUUCAGAUCGUACUCCGAUCUGCUCGGGAAGACACCGGGGACGGAGUGAUACACAGACCAGUCAGCUGUGCGGCCAAAGAAAGGCCAGGCCUGCUCUGCUUCUCAUCUCCCCCUGAGGCUUCCUGACCCAGAAUUAUAUCAGGCAGAAAGUUUGCUUUCUGGGGCUCCUGAAAAGUUGCAGACACCUCGUCCUACAUAGAGGACAGAUCAUUCAUCACUCUGUUCUCCCUCUUUAGCCCCAGUUCUGUUUUCUCCCUCCUCUUGUGCUUUCAUCACAUAUCUCAUUUGGGUUUUCUUGGCCCAUGUUGCUAAUGGUUAAAACACAAUACACUUACUACUUACAGACACUUUUUCUAAGUAUUUGUCAUCCCACACUCAAUGCACCUGUUCCCUCUCACUGAAUCCUUGUAAUGGAAAAAUGUAUCUUUUUUGUCUGUCAGCACAUUUUGUAAAUGCAGUCAAAAGUAUAGUAGAUUUCUUUUACAAAUAACUAAAACUGAGUAGCUGCCAAAUGUCAGGAGUAAACCAGCCACUGAUACACGUUUA